AUGGAUGAACUGGGUCUGCCUGCCAAAGCAGAAAGGGAGAAAGAGAGAGUGAAAGAAAAGCGAGCGAGAGCAAAACCUGUGAGCAAAAGAAGAGAGCAACAUAUUAAAAAUGCCCUUAAGGGAGAAGAUCGACAACUGCACUUGAGCAGUAUGAGCUAGAAGACCUCCGCAAACCUGCCCACCUGGAUCUGUGGAUCUGUAGACAGACACACACACACACACACACACACACACACACACACACACACACACACACACACACACACACACACACACACACACACGUCUGUCUUACAGUUGCAGCAGAAGAAGGCUCCUACCCUGCCCUACACUUUGGGGUGUUUUCAGCGUUAUUCCCUGCCGUAACAUACCUGUGUGAGGAGGAGUGGACAAAAGUGGAGAGGAAAUUCAGCAACUCUUAGAGGACAGUGGAAGUUGAUAAAAAUGCUUCUUUGUUAAAAACAGCGUGUUUCGGCCCAUAACCUUUUAUCAGGGUUUUAGUAGUGAACAGGACACCACCACCAUGCCGGCUAAAGGGAAAUACCUGUUGAAUGACCAGGAGCUGAAACAUGAGGCCCUGUACAGGAAGUUCUCCUGUAUCAGCCAGUACCAGCCUCUGGUGCUGCUACUGGGCCUCUCCAUGCUGUCCUGCGGAGUCCUCAUCAUCCUCUUCUUCGCCCUGCAGCUGGUGAGUCCCUGUGUGUGUGUGUGUGUGUGUUUAGCUGAUGUGGAAUCGCUAGCUAGCGGCCAUCGUGUUAGUGACAUUGCCUACUGAGACCUAGAAGUGUGUCUGCACCUACCCAGAUGGUUGUUGAGACCGUCAUGGCCAUGUAUGACGUGACAGUAUGUUACACAUCAGAGACCAGCUAAUUACAGCUUUUUUGAAUGACUGAGUAAUAUCCGCUGAGGGGGCGUGAUGUCCUCACUGGAUGAGCUGACAGCUAAUGGACGGAGAUACGGAGAUUAGCACAUUAAAGACACUAUUGUAGUAUGUUCUCUUUCUGUAGUACAUUGAACAAUUAUGCAUAGACAUACUGAAUUAGAGGACAGUUCUUAGUUUUUUUCUCCUCGACACGACAGUCUGUGGCAAGGCAUAGCAAUAUACUAGAGAUGAUGUUAUUGGUGUAGACUUCAGAGUUUAAGAAGCAGGUAAUCACUGUAUUGGUGUAGCAGGUAAAUAUGUCACUAGUCUAGAGUUUUAGUAGACAUUUUAGGUUACAUGUACACGUCUGUGUAGAGCAGUAGGUAAUCACUCUGAAACAUAAAACGUAAUGCAGCACUUAGGUUCCCUCAGUGUAAUAAAAGAGGAGUGUUAUAAGAGUGUUAUUGCAGGUCUGAGCUGUGGGGGAAGUACAUAAAAAAAAAAUAUAUAUAUAUAUAUAUAUAUAUAUACAAAAAUUAACACAAAUAUAAACGCAACAAUUUCAAAGAUUUUGCUGAGUUACAGUUCAUAUAAGGAAAUCAGUCAAUUGAAAUAAAUUCAUUAGGCCCUUGGAUUUCACAUGACUGGGCAGGGGUGCAGCCAUGGGUGGGCCUCGGAGGGCAUCACCCACUUGGGAGCCAGGCCCACCCACUGGGGAACCAGGCCUAGUCAAUCAGAAUGAGUUUUUCCCCACAAAAGGGCUUUAUUACCGACAUAAAUACUCCUCACCACCCCGCCCUCCCCCCUCUGACGAUCCCGCAGGUGAAGAAGCCGGAUGUGGAGGUCCUGGGCUGGCGUGGUUACACGUGGUCUGUGGUUGUGAGGCCAGUUGGACAUCGUUAUUUGCCUGUUUAUGGCCUGCCUGUUAGCUUGCACAAUUCUUGCCAUUCUCCUUCGACCUCUGUCAUCAAUGAGCUGUUUUCGCCCACAGGACUGCUGACUGACUGGAUGUUUUUUGUUUGUCGCACCAUUCUUGGUAAACCCUAGACACUCGUGCGUGAAAAGCCCAGGAAGGUGCCUGGCACCGAUCAUACCACGCUCAGUCGUAUAAGUCACUUGUUUUGUCCAUUUUAAUGUUCAAUCGAACAGUAACUGAAUGCCUCGAUGCCUGUCUGCCUGCUUUAUAUAGCAAGCCACGUAGGAGCGAUCCAAGCUAGCCACUGUCUGUAGGAGCUAUCAAUUUUCAUGAACAGGGUGGUGUACCUAAUAAACUGACUGGUGAGUGUGUUUUAUUGUCACAUACACUGGAUAGGUGCAGUGAAAUGUGUUGUUUUACAGGGCUUCAGUCAGUCAGGGCCAGUGAACGAUAACAUGGUUGCGUCUUAAAAUGGCACCCUAUUCCCUAUAUAGUGCACUUCUUUGACAAGGGCUCUGGUCAAAAGUAGUGCACUAUAUAAGUAAAAGGGUGCCAUUUGGGACACACUCAUGCUGUUGACAUUGGCAGGGCCUGAGGCACUGUAGCACUUUUCUCUGUCAGGUGUUGAUGCCAAACUAGGUCCAUCAUCAGGUCUCAUUACUGCUCCCUCCUAAAGGAAAAUGAGCCCUCACUUUCCUGUCAUUGUGCUGCUCUCAGACCCCAGACACACUGAUAUAUGGAUUGAGAGAGACUCCCAUCACUUCCUAGUCUCAAAUUUCUCGCUCGCUCUCUCUCUCUCUCAAGGGGCUUUAUUGGCAUGGGAAACAUGUUUACAUUGCCAAAGCUAGUGGAAUAGAUAAUAAACAAAAGUGAAAUAAAUCAUCUGAAAUUAAUAUUACACUCACAAAAGUUUCAAAAAAAUAGAGACAUUUCAAAUGUUAAAUUACUGGCUAUGUACAGUGGUGUAACAAUAUGCAAAUAGUUGAAGUACGAAAGGGAAAAUAAGUAGACAGAUCAGUAUAUACUGAACAGAAAUAUAAACGCAACAUGCAACAAUUUCAAAGAUUUUACUGAGUUAGUUUAUAUAAGGAAAUCAGUCAAUUGAAAUAAAUAAAUUAGGCCCUAAUCUAUAGAUUUCACAUGACUGGGAAUACAGAUAUGCAUCUGGUGGUCACAGGUGCCUUAAAAAAAAUAAGGUAGGGACGUGGAUCAGAAAACCAGUCAGUAUCUGGUGUGACCACCAUUUGCCUCAUGCAGCGCGACACAUCUCCUUCACAUAGAAUUGAUCAGGCUGUUCAUUGUGGCCUGUGGAAUGUUGUCCCACUCCUCUUCAAGGGCUGUGCGAAGUUGAUUGAUAUUGGCGGGAACUGGAACAUGCUGUCAUACAUGUCGAUCCAGAGCAUCCCAAACCUGCUCAAUGAGUGACAUGUCUGGUGAGUAUGCAGGCCAUGGAAGAACUGGGACAUGUUCAGCUUCUAGGAAUUGUGUACAGAUUCUUGACAUGGGGCCUUGCAUUAUCAUGCUGAAACAUGAGGUGAUGGCGGCGGAUGAAUGGCACAACAUUGGGCCUCAGGAACUUGUCACGGUAUCUCUGUGCCAUCGAUAAAACGCAAUUGUGUUUGUUGUCCUAAGCUUAUGCCUGCCCAUACCAUAACCCCACCACCACCAUUGGACACUCUGUUCACAACGUUGACAUCAGCAAACCGCUCGCCCACACGACGCCAUACACUCGGUCUGCCAUCUUCCUGGUACAGUUGAAACUGGGGUUCAUCCAUGAAGAGCACAAUUUUCCAGCGUGCCAGUGGCUAUCGAAGGUGAGCAUUUGCCCACUGAAGUCGGUUGCAAUGCAGAACUGCAGUCAGGUCAAGACCCUGGUGAGGAUGACGAGCAUAUAUCUAUAUAUAUAUCAUGCCGAUGAGCUUCUCUGAGACUGUUCCUGACAGUUUGUGUAGAAAUGAUUUGGUUGUGCAAACCCACAGUUUCAUCAUCUGUCCGGGUGGCUGGUCUCGGACGAUCCCGCAGGUGAAGAAGCUGGAUGUGGAGAUCCUGGGCUGGCGUGGUUACACGUGGUCUGCGGUUGUGAGGCCGGUUGGACGUACCGCCAAAUUCUCUAAAAUGACAUUGGAGGCAGUUUAUGGUAGAGAACUGAACAUUCAAUUAUCUUGCAACCGCUUUGGUGGACAUUCCUGCGGUCAGCAUGCCAAUUGCACGGCCCCUCAAAACUUGAGACAUCUGUGGCAUUGCUUUGUGACAAAACUGCACAUUUUAGAGAGGCCUUUUAUUGUCCCCAGCACAAGGUGCACCUCUGUAAUGAUCAUGCUGUUUAAUAAUCUUCUUGAUAUGCCACACCUGUCAGGUGGAUGGAUUAUCUUUGCAAAGGAGAAAUGCUCACUAACAUGGAUGUAAACAAAUUUGUGCACAACAUUUGAGAGAAAUACGCUUUUUGUGCGUAUGGAACAUUUCUGGGAUCUUUUAUUUCAGCUCAUGAAACAUGGGACCAACACUUUACAUUUUGCGUUUAUAGUUUUAUUCAGUGUAGUUUGUAUUUAAAAUUGUGUUUUCUUCACUGGCUGUCCUUUUCUUGUGGCAACAGGUCACAAAUAUUGCUGCUGUGUUGGCACACUGGUAUUUCACGUAAUAGAUAUGGGAGUUUAUCAAAAUUGGAUUUGUUUUCAAAUUCUUUGUUGGUCUGUGUAAUCUGAGGGUAAUACAGUGGGGAGAACAAGUAUUUGAUACACUGCCGAUUUUGCAGGUUUUCCUACUUAAAAAGCAUGUAGAGGUCUGUCAUUUUUAUCAUAGGUACACUUCAACUGUGAAAAAUCCAGAAAAUCACAUUGUAUGAUUUUUAAGUAAUUACUUUGCAUUUUAUUGCAUGACAUAAGUAUUUGAUCACCUACCAACCAGUAAGAAUUCCGGCUCUCACAGACCCGUUAGUUUUUCUUUAAGAAGUCCUCCUGUUCUCCACUCUUUACCUGUAUUAACUGCACCUGUUUGAACUCGUUACCUGUAUAAAAGACACCUGUCCACACACUCAAUCAAACAGACUCCGACCUCUCCACAAUGGCCAAGACCAGAGAGCUGUGUAAGGACAUCAGGGAUAAAAUUGUAGACCUGCACAAGGCUGGGAUGGGCUACAGGACAAUAGGCAAUCAGCUUGGUGAGAAGGCAACAACUGUUGGUGCAAUUAUUAGAAAAUGGAAGAAGUUCAAGAUGACGGUCAAUCGCCCUCGGUCUGGGGCUCCAUGAAAGAUCUCACCUCGUGGGGCAUCAAUGAUCAUGAGGAAGGUGAGGGAUCAGCCCAGAACUACACGGCAGGACCUGGUCAAUAACCUGAAGAGAGCUGAAACCAUUAGUAACACGCUACGCCGUCAUGGAUUAAAAUCCUGCAGCGCACGCAAGGUCCCCCUGCUCAAGCCAGCGCAUAUCCAGGCCCGUCUGAAAUUUGCCAAUGACCAUCUGGGUGAUCCAGAGGAGGAAUGGGAGAAGGUCAUGUGGUCUGAUGAGACAAAAAUAGAGCUUUUUGGUCUAAACUCCACUUGCUGUGUUUGGAGGAAGAAGAAGGAUGAGUACAACCCCAAGAACACCUUCCCAACCGUGAAGCAUGGAGGUGGAAACAUCAUUCUUUGGGGAUGCUUUUCUGCAAAGGGGACAGGACGACUGCACCGUAUUGAGGGGAGGAUGGAUGGGGCCAUGUAUCGAGAGAUCUUGGCCAACAACCUCCUUCCCUCAGUAAGAGCAUUGAAGAUGGGUCUUCCAGCAUGACAACGACCAGAAACACACAGCCAGGGCAACUAAGGAGUGGCUCCGUAAGAAGCAUCUCAAGGUCCUGGAGUGGCCUAGCCAGUCUCCAGACCUGAACCGAAUAGAAAAUCUUUGGAGGGAGCUGAAAGUCCGUAUUGCCCAGCGACAGCCCCGAAACUUGAAGGAUCUGGAGAAGGUCUGUAUGGAGGAGUGGGCCAAAAUCCCUGCUGCAGUGUGUGCAAACCUGGUCAAGACCUACAGAAAACGUAUGAUCUCUGUAAUUGCAAACAAAGGUUUCUGUACCAAAUAUUAAGUUCUGCUUUUCUGAUGUAUCAAAUACUUAUGUCAUGCAAUAAAAUGCAAAUUAAUUACUUAAAAAUCAUACAAUGUGAUUUUCUGGAUCUGACUUUAGAUUCCGUCUCUCACAGUUGAAGUGUACCUAUGAUAAAAAUUACAGACCUCUACAUGCUUUGUAAGUAGGAAAACCUGCAAAAUCGGCAGUGUAUCAAAUACUUGUUCUCCCCACUGUAUGUGUCUCUAAUAUGGUCAUACAUUUGGCAGGAGGUAAGGAAGUGCAGCUCAGUUUGCACCUCAUUUUGUGGGCACAUAGCCUGUCUUCUCUUGAGAGCCAGGUCUGCCAACGGCGGCCUCUCUCAAUAGCAAGGUUAUGCUCACUGACUCUGUACAUAGUCAAAGCUUUCCUUACCUUUUGGGUCAGUCACAGUGGUCAGGUAAUCUGCCACUGUGUACUCUCAGUUUAGGGCCAAAUAACAUUCCAGAAUGCUAGUUUGUUUGGUUAGUUCUUUCCAAUGUGUCAAGUAAUUCUAUUUUUGUUUUGUCAUGAUUUGGUUGCUGUCCUGGGGCUCUGUGGGGUCUGUUUGUGUUUGUGAACAGAGCGCCAGGUACCAGCUUGCUGAGGGGACUCUUCUCUAGGUUAAUUUCUCUGUAGGUGAUGGCUUUGUUAUGGAAGGUUUGGGAAUCGCUUCCUUUUAGGUGGUUGUUGAAUUUAACGUUUCUUUUCUGGAUUUUGAUCAUUAGCGGGUAUCGUCCGAUUUCUGCUCUGCAUGCAUAAUUUGGUGUUUUACGUUGUACACAGAGGAUGAUUUUGCAGAAUUCUGCAUGCAGAGUCUCAAUUUGGGGUUUCCGGAGACAUUUGAAACCCCACCUCUUUAAGGAAUACCUGGGAUAGGAUAAAGUAAUCCUUCUACCCCCCCCCCCCCCCCCCCCCCCCUUUACUCCAACCCCCCCCCCCCCCCCCCCCCCCAAAAAACCAUUGUAAAGUGGUUAUCCCACUUGCUAUAAGGUGAAUGCACCUAUUUGUAAGUCGCUCUGGAUAAGAGCGUCUGCUAAAUGACGUAAAUGUAAAAUGUAAAUGUAAAUGUGAAUUAUUGGUUUGUGAGCGUACCUCACAGCCAUAGAGGGCAAUGGGUUCUAUAACUGAUUCAAGUAUUUUUAGCCAGAUCCUAAUUGGGAUGUCGAAUGUUAGGUUCCUUUUGAUGGCGUAGAACCCACCACUAAUGUUUUUGUGGCAGGUUAGUUAGCAUGUGUAGGCUAAUGCCUAUUGUUAAGUGCACAGGCCGGUGAGGAUAAGAGUGUAAUAAAGUCACUGUGUUCAACUUGUACAACUUCCCUCUCCACUGUGGAUGGAUGGACUACCUGUUAGAGACCAUGAGCCCACCAGUGAGCGAGAGGAGGGCAUGCCAACAUAUAUUUCUAAGUGGUACUUAAACAGGAUAGUUGGCCUCAGAUUGAACAAAGAGCCUAUUGAGAGCCCUGUUGUUUUUAGGUGGAUGAAGUCAUUUAGAUUCUAACAGAGUACAAAGAGAGUAAGAGAGUCAGAGAGCACGGAGAGGAUGCUUUUAGUGGUCCUCAUUUUACAUAACCGUUAACUUAACCCACCAACGGACACUAGAGAGAGUGUAUGUUCUUGUGGGUUUACUUUGGUCAUUAUUGCAGAAUUACGUUUUGCACAGUUUGUUUCCUACCCUAAAGAAGUGAUCUGAUUUUAAGCUCUACACCACAGAGCACGCAAUCUUCUCCACAUGAUAACAAACAAAACCUGACGUAAAUUUCAAUGCCCAACAGACGAAAACAUUCACUCAUGGCAGGCUGAGACUGAGCAGAUCCCACCUGGGUCAUUGCUUUUCAGAUGAGAUUUCGAGAGGAGAGGAUCAGAACCAAUCUGUUCUCUAAUUGUAUAGACUAGUUUCAGUACUUCCUUCCAUCUGAAAAUAAAUGAGAAAAGGACAUGAACAAGUCUGCUAUAGGUCGAUUUAGUGGGUGUGGCCGUAGUUAAAUGUGCUAGUAAAGGCCUUCACUUCUGCUACCAUGGAAACCAGCAUACUCAAUAGACAAUGCCGGGAUGGCCUUCUGCUCAGGGACCUUUACACAGUCAUUCCUGCUCUCCUUGGCAUUGAACUCUUUCCCAUUCUCUCUUUCUCUCGCUCCCUUGCUUUCUCGCUAACUGGCAUGCACACAAGUGUAUACACACACACCAGAAAUCUAUAUCUGAGCCUCCUCUGUGUAAUUAAAUCAGGAAGAUGCUGUGGCCUCUAGCAACAGGACAUGACGCAGAGACAGAUGUGCAAUAAGCCUGGAUAAACCACGAUGCUGAAUUAGAUAGUGGCCGCUCUCAUGUGUAGACAGUACAUAGGCAUAAUAAAGGGACUGGAAUGAUGUUGAGGGAAUGUUGUUUAGGCAUAUCAUUGUACCUGACUAUAUAACACUUCAAAACCUGCCCUCAGACGGAACAUAUAUUAUAGCCUGUUUUUUUAUCAUAGUCUUUUCAUUAGAUGAGUAUAGCAUUGUGUGUCUGUGUAGGGCUGUGUGUAGAUGGAUAUGGCAUCAGUGUCUAUGACUGUGUGUAUAUCUCAAUGUAGAGUAUAAUGUAAAUUCCAUGAUUGUGAUUCAGUGUGCGUUAUGUUCUCCCUCCCUGUUUCAGAGUGCGGAGGAGCACUGUGCAUUUGUGAGCGUGGUGAGCUGCAGCCUGUGCGUGUUCCUGGCUGUGUUUGUGCUGGUGUGUACAGAGACCCUGACCCAGCGCUGGAGGAGACUGCUGGGCCUGGUGGUCUGGGCCACUCACCUCACCAUGGGAUUCACCUUCAUCUUCAGCGGACCCCUCAUCCUGCCCUGGGACCAGGUAUACGCACUCACACACACGCACACUCUCUUCUCUAACCCUAAAGAAAGGUUACACGACAAAGCCUGUUGGCUUUAAUAAUAAAAAUAAAAGCCCACUUCCUUUGUCCUCUUACUCUCCUCCAUCUUCAUACCAGCCAGUUUAUUAGGUACACCCAUCUAGUACCGGGUCGGACCCCCCUUUGCCUCCAGAACAGCCUGAAUUCUUCGGGCAUGGAUUCUACAAGGUGUAGCGUUCAAACGUUGCACAAUUGCUAUCGAGGGACCUAACGUGUGCCAGGAAAACAACAUUACACCACCUCCACCAGCCUGUACCGUUGACACCAGGCAGGAUGGGGCCAUUGACUCAUGCUGCUUACGCGAAAUCCUUACUUCAUUAUUGCAGAAUUACGUUUCACACAGUUUCUGUUGCCUUCCCUAAAGAAGUUAUCUGAUUUAAGAUCUACAUCACAGAGCACACAAUCUUCUCCAUGUGAUAACAAACAAAACCUGAUGUGAAUUUCAAUUCUGGCACACAUUAGAUCCCUUGAUACCAAUUGAGCAACUUUUGAACGCCAGACCUUGUAGAAUCCAUGCCCCGACAAAUUCAGGCAAAGGGGCACCGACGAUCAUACCACGCUCAAUGUCGCUUAGGUCACUUAUUUAUGCCCUUUCUAACGUUCAAUCGAACAGUAACUGAAUGCCUUGAUGCCUGUCUGCCUGCUUUAUAUAGCAAGCCACAGCUACGUGACUCGCUGUCUGUAGGAGCGAACCAUUUUCACGAAACGGGGUGGCCUACCUAAUAAACUGGCCACUGAGUGUACAUACAUUAUAUACACACAUGAACAGAAGCAUCAAAAAGUUAUGUUUGUCUAGUUAUAGCAUCUCUUGCCAGGACACUGAGGUGACAGUUGUCCAGUAAAGCCACUUGUUCUUUGGGUAGUGCUGCCAAUCCGAGACUCUUUCCCCACAGUAUUUCAUGUCAUAUCAGUCUGACCUAUCUCUCGAUCUCAUUUUCUCCUGUAGGUUCCCUUCUUCUUGUUCAUCAUCUUCACAGUGUACACCAUGCUGCCUUUCCAGAUGUGCUAUGCUGUGGUGCUCAGUGUGAUCUCCUCACUCUCUCACAUCAUGGUCCUCACUCUACGCCUCACUGUCUUCAACAUCCAAGACCCCAGCCCCUUUCUGGCCAAUCAGGUGUGUUAUUAGUUAUGCUGUUAGUAACACUUAUACAUGUGUUACAUGAUCUCCUGGUGAUGCAUGACGUUAUGUAUGUUCACGAUGUUGUGCUUUAGAUAGUUUUCUAUAAACAGGAAGUAUCUAUAAACAGGAAGUAUCACAGCAUAUGUGUGUGUGUUAAUGACUCAUGUGUCAUGUAUGUUUCAGCGAGAUUGUGUGCUAUAGUGUUGUUGUUGAUGUCCUGUAAGGAGUUUCUAAGGCGUAAGGCACAUUUCUCUGAAAACGGACAAUAAAAUGCUUACGCUGUGCAGCUAGGUUUUAAUGUCUGUCCCUCUGUCCCCAGCUGCUGUCCAAUGCGGUGGUGUUUCUGUGUGGCAGUGUGGUGGGGGCCUUCCAUAAGGUCCUGAUGGAGAGAACACUAAGACAGACCUUCCAGGAUACACUCCGAUGUCUGGGCAUCCGCAUGAAGCUGGAGAUAGAAAAGAGACAGCAGGUGACAACAUCUCCUUAUCAGACACUACGCUAUCUUUUUGAAUUUAGUUCUUUAACUUUUAUUUAAGGAAGGACGCUUGAGAUUAGGAACCUCUUUGGCGAGGGCGACCUCCCAGUGUAUUAGAAAUCCUGUUCUGGUUGAAUAACAUGCUUUUGGUGUCUCUUUCUGAACAGAGGCUGACCUGACUGAAAGACAGGAAGUAUGAAAGACUAAUGAAAGUUAAUAAAUUGUGUUAGGCUAAAAAUUUUGUCAUAAUAGCACUGGUUAAUUGUUUACUUAAUUUAAGACCAUCAGCCUUGUUGUUUUCUAGCUUGUAUUUUUCAUUACGAUGAUCAAAUCCCCCUCAAAUUAAAUGUUAUUGUAAUGAUCUUUUAAGUAGAUGUCUGUGUGUGCUCCGUUAGUAAAAACGGGUGUCUGUUUCAAAUGGCUUUUUAACCAUAAUUUUUUUUCAUUUGUAAUGAUAAUUACUUAGGAAGUGACACCACACUCUGUGAGAGAGAGGAGGCUGCUGGCUGCUCUGUUGCCUAGCAGGACAGAAUGGAAUGAUAUAAUCGUUAACAUUUGAGCUGCCUCUGUUCUACUCUGUUGUAUUGAGCCCGAAAAAAGGAGCAGUGCCACAGGGGUUAGCCAAAGAGAACAGGCCCCAUAAAGAGAAGAGGGAAGGGAGGGUUUGAAAUGGGUCCCAACGCUGAGGUGAACAGUAACUCCCCCCGCAUACACCGAGCACUCUGCCAUUGUUCUCUAGGCCCAGUCAGAUAGAAUCUGCCAGAUCAAUUACAGCACAGAGCUGAGCUGACUGUACCAAAUCAAGGCCACUUUGUGCAGAAUGACUUUCCAUGCUUUACGGUUUACUGGAAAACCUGCUCCAGUCAUUUGAACCAGGAGGUGGUAAUCUAUCUGUGAGAGCAUGUAGGCCUAGCCAGUUGCCCCAUGACACUAGUCUUGGGUCAGUUUAACAUUUCUCCCACUAAUGGUUAAGGUUAGGAUUUCAUCCUAGAUCUGUACCUAGGGGCAAACCCCCCCCCCCCCCCCCCAUGGAUGCAGCCAAACCAGUGGAGAGAGAAAGGAGAGGAGUCAGGUGCCUCAGUAUCACAUCAUAAGGGUGAACAGGAAUUAUGGGGUCAAUAGGGAUUGAAGAAUAAUGAUUUCCUGAGACAUCUCCUUAUGAACUUCUUAGAUUCUCAUCUCACCUGACUCUAUUCCAUCCCAGAGGCUCUCAAUGUGAUGUUCUCUCUGUCUGUUGACUGGCUGUACAACCAGACUGGCAGCACAAUGAUUAUAAAGCUUUUAACAGUAAUCUGAGUGAAUGGGGACCUUGUUAGUGCAGUUACCAGAUCAGCAAGACACUCUGACAGCUGGUUGAUACUCAGACUGGGUUUCUCCCUGAUUGGAUGGGUUCAUGACCUUUUGUCUAUCGGACAGUGUGUGUGGUUGGGUGGGUGUGGUGUGUUGAUGCUAACGUGUGUGUGUGUGUGUGUGUGUGUGUGUAGGAAAACCUGCUGCAGUCUGUGCUGCCGGUCUACAUCUCCAUGAAGAUGAAGCUGGCCAUCAUGGAGCGUCUGCAAGACUGCAAGGACAAAGAAGAGCAGCAACGACUCGUCAAAGACAACAACUUCCACAGUCUCUACGUCAAGAGACACGAGAACGUCAGGUACAGUACAACAAUAGCCUGUCAUGUACUAAGAAUAUCACUGAGAAACAUACAGCAUGUUCAAAUAACCUGUUAUGUUCUAAGAAUAUUACUAAGAAACAUACAGUAGAAUCCAAUCCUUUGCUGUCAAUCAUUGCCUGUCAAACUAAGCAUGGUUUUCAGUCUACCAAACGGCACACAUGGGGAAAUAUUUCCCCAACCCAAAUGUUCUCUUGAACGAAACCCCGCUUGUGGCUUUAGCCUUUGAUUUUCUCAUUCCCUGCCUUUACAUUUUGGCUUCACUUCUCUUUUGCUGCUUUUCGACUGUAACACUAGUGUUACACCAGUGUAUAUACCCUUAUGUUAUACUAGGGAAAUGGUGUUUCCAUAGCUAGGGCUGACAGUGAGUACUUGAGAAUAGCAGAAUCAGUUGCUUUGUGAGAAGGUGUUAAAGUUCACAGUUAGCCAUUGUUAUGUAAAUGCAAGCUGAAAGGUACCAGUGGCCUGGCUUUGGCCCCAAGUGAGAGCAGGUCCACCGGAGCCAUGGCUCAGUGAGACCUGGGUGCCGGCCCGCAUAUAUGGAAACAGAAAGGUCUGAGCCUUGGGUAAAACACUGGGUUAAAUCCUAAAUUAUUCUGCUUCAUAUGUUGCAUGUGUGCUUUGAAUAGUUAGUAUAGUUUGUGUUCUCUAAUUUCAUGAUUUUCCCCUGAUUCCUCUGGGACAGGGAUGGUCGACUCCAGUCCUCAGGGGUGUGAUUGGUGUCACACUUUUGCCCCAGAUAACACACCUGACUCCAAUAAUCAACUAAUCAUGAUCUUCAGUUUAGAAUGCAAUUCGUUUAAUCAGCUGUGUUUGCUAUGGAUGGAGAAAAAGUGACACCACUCCGGCCCCGAGGACUGGAGUUGCCCAUCCCUGCUCUGUGAGGUCUAUUUACACUCACAAUGCCCAGUCAGUUCUCAUGGAAUUUAGCAGGACAGUGUUAGCUGAGCAUUGACCCAGAUAAGGCCUUUUGUUUUAUGGGCAUUCAUUUAGAAAGUGCUGACAGACAUUGGCUUUGUAGCCUAUCCAGUGAACCUUAGUAGAUAGCUCAAUAGAUUCCCUAAGUUUUAGACUCUGUAAUUGUUACAGACUGGACUGUACCUUCUACCUUCCUGGAGAGAGAGGGAGCCCAUUUGUUGCCCAAAUGAAGGUCAACACAUCAACACUCGUCGAUCUUCUCAGUAGCCUGACAAACUGACAUUUGUAACUACCUGGUUGAUUUGUUGAUAUCGCACUGCUUUGCUUUAUCUUGGCCAGGUCGCAGUUGUAAAUGAGAACUUGUUCUCAACUGUCUUACCUGGUUAAAUAAAGGUGAAAAAAGUAAUAAGUUUAGGCCCGUAAUUAAUAUGAUUUCAUAGAAAAGGAGGGACAUUUAAACUGUCUGAUCUGAGAAGGCCUUGUGAAAAUCAAAGACCGUAUCAUGUGCUGCGGUGGCUCAGCUAGUGCGUGAAUCCUCAUUUAAGCCCUUUGGUGUGUUACUGUGAAUUAUAGCCCAAGCACCUCCCCAUUUGAUCCUUGUAAUGACACGAGACAUGCUUGUCAUUAGACAUGUUCUUUCAGAGGAAACACCUGGUCGUUGUCAGUCAGAGUUACUGGGCGGCCAUGGUUCUCUGGUCUGGUCUGGUCUGCCGAGCAACAGGCUAACGUUAGCUAUUUUAAUGAGGACUGACCUUGGCAGCAGUUAGUGGGACACUGACCUUGGCAACAGUUAGCCCUCUGAGCCCUGGUAAUGAGCCAGUGAUUAGGCAGUGGCGGCUGGAUGUGUGGUGGCCCGGGUCAGGUGCUCUGUGUGGAGGACAGGGCUCACAGCAAGCUUAUCGCACUUCCAAUCAGUGUACUGUACAGUGCUUCCCCUAGGAUCUUUUUCAACAGCUGUGGCAAAGUUAGCGGGGCGGGGGGGGGGGGGGUUAGUGGACGUGACCAAUGGCAAACAUUUUAGAGGCCGUCCUCUUGGCUGCAGACAAUUCAUUUGAUGUUUUAAAGCUGAUUUCAUGCAAAACAUUUUGCCAUGGGCGGAGAAAACAUUUUUACACUGAAAACGUUUCACCAUCCCGGAAAAAAAAUAGCGGUGGCCCGCCGCUGCUAAAUGAAUAUAGGGUAAACACUUCUGUAGUUUAAAUCUUAGAGCCAAACCCCUUAUCACAAUCUCCCUUCUACUCAGUCUUCACCUCUCCUUUCUAGCCCCAUAGGAUUACUGCUCACCCAGGAUAGGACCUCCAACUGUAAUCAGUUGGCCCCACUCCAUUUCAACACCCCAGGAGUCAACCUUUAUCUGACAAUGACACCCUUGUUUGGUGAUGCAACAACAUUAUUUUAAUUUAAUUUUUUUGUCGUUUAGCAGACGCUCUUAUCCAGAGCGACUUACAUCAGAGUGAUUAAUCAGUGUAGUGCCAGCUUGGUCGUAUCCAUGCAGACGACAGAUUUCUCUACACGUCAUUAUGACACUGAUGUCUUGACUCCAAAUGUCCUGAGCCGGUCGUGAUCAGUAAGCAUGAAAUGCAAGAAAAUGCUCGGAAACUAUCUAAACUUCUUGUUUUCUUUUGCAAAACGCGUGUCUUAAUGAACACACCCUUGGCUUUUCUCUUUUUGCAGUAUUCUGUAUGCUGACAUUGUGGGCUUUACCCGAUUGGCCAGCGACUGCUCUCCGAAGCAGCUGGUCAUCAUGCUCAACGAGCUGUUUGGGAAAUUUGACCAGAUUGCAAAGGUGAGUUAAUAAUUUGUAAGAUUUGCACCUUUAGUUAAAUUAACACUGACCUUUCAGCUUUUAUUAAAUAUUUAGCUACACUUUUAUGUUUAUUAUGAUAACACGACAGUGUGGUAAUGCAUAAUCCACUUGUUAUGUGUCAUAAUAGAUUUAUUUUAUGUAUAUAUAGAUAGAUUUUAUUUCAAUAUGUACAUGUAGUUCUUGGGCUGGACAUGCAUGGAUGUCUUGUGUGUUUGGUUCUUCAGGAGAACUUCUGAUACCUAAUUUGUGUUAAUGCUAAAUCCAGUUGACAUGUCUGCUUCUUGGAUGGUCUUCAUGGUCUAUGUGGUAUUUUUCUGUUUUAUUCUUCAGGAGAACGAGUGCAUGAGAAUCAAGAUUUUGGGAGACUGCUACUACUGUGUGUCUGGCCUGCCUGUCUCCCUGCCCAUGCAUGCCAAGAACUGUGUGAAGAUGGGUCUGGACAUGUGUGAGGCCAUCAAGUGAGUUCAGAGGAGCCCCAAGGCCUUCUGGGGGGAAAACAAUUACUAAAACGUGUGAUCCUUUUGGUUAGUUCCAAGACUUUAGCAACACAUAUUCUCAUUAGAUUGUGAGAUUAAUAGCGUAUAUUGUAAAUCAAAGGUGUUAAAGGAUAGUAGGGAGGGUAGUGUUAUUGUAUAAUGCAAUAGGGACUUUCUGGCCUAAGUAGUAGGUGUUGAUGUGAGUUGUCUGGGUCGAUGGUGGUUAUGGGAGUGAGUUAGUUCUCGGGAAGGUGUUGGUCUAUAAUCAGGUGUUGUGGAGGACUGGAGGGUCUGUCAAAGGAAGGCUUUAUCUUGGCACCUCUCUGCCCUGCCAAAAUAGAGGUCAAAAUCUCAAAGCUCCAUGUUGGAAAAUCAAAUCAAAUGCUAUUUAUCACAUGCUUCGUAAACAACAGGUGUAGACUAACUGUGAAAUGCUUACUUAUGGGUCCUUUUCCAACAAUGCAGAGUUAAAGAUAAUUUUUAAAAAUAGAAAUAGUGACACAAGGAAUAAAUACACAGUCAGUAACAAUAACGAGUAAAAAUAACAUGGCUAUAUACAGGAAGUACCAGUACCGAGGCGAUGUGCAGGGGUACGAGGUAAUUGAGGUAGCUAUGUACUGUACAUAUAGGGAGGGGUAAAGUGACUAGGCAGCAGGAUAGAUAAUAGACAGUAGCAGCAGCAUGUUAUGACAACAAAUAAAUAGUUGAUUUGUUCAGCUGGCUCUGACGUCAAAGCAAUAAGAAGGAAUCCCAGUGAAACCUCAAUGAACACACACACACACACACACACACACACACACACACACAGCUGACAGGUUCUCAUCCCGCCCCUCAGACUGGUGCGCGAGGCCACAGGUGUGGACAUUAACAUGAGAGUGGGCGUGCACUCCGGCAACGUGCUCUGCGGUGUGAUUGGCCUCCGCAAGUGGCAGUUUGACGUGUGGUCACAUGACGUCACCCUGGCCAAUUAUAUGGAGUCUGGAGGCUUACCUGGGUAUGUUAGUAGUUGAGUUAACCAUGUAUGAUAAACAUUAAUUUACACUAACUUUAAUCCUUAUAGUGGCAUUUAUUAUUAAGUUACUAGUAGUAACCUAGUCCUAGUAAGUCCAUUUUACUAAUAGUAACCCCCCGUCUUUGUCAUGAUCAGGCGUGUCCACAUCACUGAGGCCACCCUGAAUCACCUGAACAAGGCCUAUGAGGUGGAGGAGGGGAACGGUGGGCUAAGAGAUGCCUACCUGAAGGAGCUCAACAUACAGACAUACCUUGUCAUCGAUCCUCGUGUGAGCUACCUCAUUAAAUGUAUUACCUCCAGAAUCCCUGACAAGGGCCUUAUCUGUAUAUGUGAGACUGAGACUGUACUCCUCAUUAACUUGUGUGUGUCAUCAGUCUAAGGACCAGGCUCUGAACAGCCGCAUUUUGCUUAAGCCACGUGUGAAUGACGGGCUGAAGAUGCGGGCCAUCAGUGAGAAUGACCCGUUACCUGGAGUCCUGGGGCGCCGUCAAACCCUUCGCCCACCUACAGAGCAGAGAGGGGUACACCACAGACCCCAUGGUCAAUGUAAAAUCACGCUGCAAGGUGAGUGACGGGUAGAGGGCCACUGCAUUAUAACUGAUGAAAAGAUUACCAGGCAUACUUCCUCUAACAGAAAUAGUCCACCUCAUCAAAUCAAGCAUAACAGGUUGAAAUGUAUUGCUACAAGCAUCAGUAUUUCCUGUGGAAGACUGUUGAUGGCAUAUUUACAUGCUGCUUUACUUCUUGUUGUUUUACGCACGAUUUGUCUAACAGUUUAAAAUUAUUUUUUAGGACAUCCCCCUGCGCACGAAGAUCACUGAGAGGUAAGGAAGGCCAAGUCUGAGAACACAGAGAGGAUGGGUUAAAUUGUUUAUAUGUUAACAAGAGCCCUGAAUUGGCAUCAUGUCAGAGUGGUGACGUCAGACUCCCCUUACUGGAGUGGUACUCAUGCUAUGCGUCAGUCUGUUGAUACAGUGGGUGUUUAUGGUUGUGGAGGUGUAUGCAGGAAGCCAGUUAUUUUUUUGAAUUACCAAAUGCAAACGACAGAUCAGUGACUCUUAAUUAAAUGUUAAGCGAUUUGUAAGUCCACUUAAUGUUACACAUAUUGUAUAUAAAAGCACAAACGCAUUUACUUUUUAUAAGGUCAUCAAGUUUGGUCGCAAAGGGCAUGGAAGUCGUCUCUUUUUCCCCAUUACUGACAAAAGCUGAAUCACUUGUGAGUGCAGUAGACAGGACAGGGAAGUAAGAAAAUUGCCCCGUAAAACCUUUUUUGUCUCGGCUGUGGUUCUAGUGGACAUCGAUACUGUGAAUGGACACUUAACAGGAACCGGCUGUAUUGCUUCUGAUGUGGUCGGUGGCCCUUCCUAUGUUCUUUCAUUUGGUCAUGAACCUCUUCAUGUCAUGUUUCAUCAAAACAAAAUAGUUUCUUUAUUCAGGUACAAUGUAAGCUUCAUUCAUAUUUGAUCCAUUCUACAGAGACAAUAGACAUUUGUUGUUUUAGCAGUCACAGUACUAUACAAAAACACAAGGACACAAAUGAAUCCUCACAUACAACACACAACAGUCCCAUACAGCGACAACAAUGUCACCAUGUUAAAUGUGUGUGUAUCUCUCACUGUUGGUCCCUGACAGCUUUGAUGAGUCUGUAGAGGAGCCCUUCUCCUCGCCCGCCCCUCCGCUCAGCACCUAUAAGUGAGUGGAGCCAGCCUGGCUCACAACGCAAGUUCUCUCUUCUGAGUGGAGGAGGAGAAUCUUGAUGUUUCACCAGCACCAUUAACCUCCAACCCUUCUUUCUGGGUUAACACUUCUCUCUACCCACCAUCCUGCCUAGAGCUGCCUCCCUCUUCUGUAUAACAGGGCAUCACAGGGAUUCCCAAGCCUUUACAAAGCAAGCAGGGCAUAGUAACCACUCCCUACUAAGUGUUUAAAGUGUGUGUCUUUGUUUUCCCACUGGAGUUAUGUGCUGUUAUAAACACUGUGUGUGUCUCUGUCUGUGUGUGUUUCCUUCCUGGUGGGGCAGGGGGCACAGAGCAGGGGUACUGCUGGGAGACUCCUGUUCAGUCACCAGAGUUCAACUAACACACGACAUCCUGCACACACACACACACACUAUAGAAUGAAUGACAGACACACACCCCUUCUCUCUGUUUCCACUAAUGCUGAGAAUGGCCUAAACCAGUUGCCUCCCUGCACAGCACACUGAGACUGAAUAACCUGCAUGACCUUGGCUGGUUUACCAGCAUCCAUCCAUCUGUCUGUCUGUCUGUCUGUCUGUGUGUCAGUAUGUCUGUCUGUGUGUCAGUAUGUCUGUCUGCGUGUCAGUCGGUCUGUCUGCGUGUCAGUUGGUCUGUCUGUCUGCCGGUCUGUCUGCGUGUCGGUCUGUCUGUGUGUCUGUCUGUCAGUCUGUGUGUCUGCUAGUCUACCUCUUCCUUAUUGUCUGAGUCUUUUACAGGAACAAGUCCCAGAAGAGCAAGUUUGAUGAGGAGCUGCACAAUGAGAUGACCACCACCAUCGAUGAGCUCAGCAGCAAGUGAGUCUCAAUAGUCACUAAAUAGUCAAAAUACAUUCUGAGCAUAGUCACUAGGUAGGACCACAAGCUUAAGCCUAAACUCAGAAUUAAGGGUCUAAUGUUAUCUAAUCUUCCUAGCCACCAACAUGUCACUUGAGAAAAGUAUUAUUUGGCCAAUUGUGAAUAAUAUUGACAAAGACAAGUCAAAGCUAUCUGAAAAUUCAUUUUACAGAUUGAGUUGUAGAAAUAGAGAGCUCGCUCUCACACACACUCUUCCUCACGCUCUCUCCCUGUGUGACCUCCAGGCAGUGGGUGAAGUCUGAGGAGAUUAGCAGUCUGGCUGUGUGGUUCCCUAAGAAAGAGCUGGAGAAACAGGUGAGUCUGUCUGUCUGUCUCAGAGCUGUCUAGACACUGUUGAGAGGAGCAUUGCUGUCCUAGUAUGUACUGUAGUAGGUACAUCUCCACAAUGAAAAUCUCUAGAACCUUAUAGAUACAAUAUAAAGAAAAUAAUUUUGUCUUUGGACUGACUACAUCAGCAAGUCUAGACCAAUUUACAGACUCACUCAAAUAAAAUAAUAUUUGUCACAUGCGCCGAAUACAGGUGUAGACCUUACCGUAAAAUUCUUACUUACAAGCCCUUAACCAACAAUGCAGUUUUAAGAAAAUAGAGUUAAGAAAAUAUUUACUAAAUACAUUUGAAAAAAUCAUUAAAAAAAUAAUAACAAUAAAAUAACAAUAACGAGGCUAUAUACAGGGGAUACCGGUACCGAGUCAAUGUGCAGGGUUACAGGUUAGUGGAGGUAAUUUGUAGAUGUAGGUAGGGGUAAAGUAACUAUGCAUAGAUAAUAAACAGCGAGUAGCAGCAGUGUAAAAACAAAGGGGGGGGGGGGGGGGGGGGGGUGUCGAUGCAAAUAGUCUGGGUGGCCAUUUUAUUAAUUGUUCAGCGGUCUUAUGGCUUGGGGGUAGAAGCUGUUAAGAAGCCUUUUGGACCUAGACUUGGCGCUCCGGUACCGCUUGCCGUGUGGUAGCAGAGAGAACAGUCUAUGACUUGGGUGACUGGAGUCUUUGACAAUUUAUGGUCUCUAUACACUGUGGAAAGGAACCUUACUGUCCUAAUAAACUGUAGGUACAUCUGUACAAUGGCAACCUUUAUCUAAGAUACAGUAUAAAGAAAAACAUUCCUACUUGACAUUUGAGUUCCUAACCAUGACAACAUGUUCACAUGUUAAAUGUUAGAUUAGAAUCUAUCUCUUGAUAUGUCCGAUUAGACUACACAGACCACACGUGUUCUUAUAUAAUGUAAAACAGAUUUUCUUAGUAUUUGUGAGAGGUUCAAACAUGCCUUCUUCUUUCCUCCCCAGUACCGAGCCAUUGAUCUGCCCAUGUUCAAGCACUACAUCGGCUGUGCCACCUUCAUCUUCUUCUGCAUCUUUGUGGUUCAGAUGUUUGUGACAAAAGAGUGAGUGAUUUACCCUUGUGGCUAUAAGAAACACAUUUCUUUACCGCUAUUGACUGGUACAGUAGUAAUAAGUUGUCCCUCUUAAACCAUGGCAACGAUAAUGGCAUGACAAUCAAUAUUGGAACUUUUUGGAUUCAGUGUUGGAUCUUUCCCUUCUUCGUCCCUCAGUUCCAAAAUGUUGGGCAUGUGGUUUGGAGUGCUGGCCUGUGUCCUCCUGUUGACCCUGGGCAUCUGUUUCGCAGGUCACCUGCAGGUCAGUGGGAGUUUUAGGCUGUGGUCACAACAAGCCCUAUUUCUAGACAGGGAAAGGCUUACUUUACUGUGUGUGAGAGUGGGGGGUGGGGUACGCAGUGUGUGUACUGUGUGUAUUUCUUACUGUGACAGUGGAAACACGCUUUCUGCAUAGCUAUUCCAUCUAUCCCCGGGUCUUUUCCUGUGAAGCUGUACGUUGCUGUUAUGUGGCCAUUGACACCUGGUGCCUACCAUCUCAAUGCCAUGGUGUAGACAGACAGGCAGUGUAGUUAUUACAUUCACUAGUCAGAGAUACACAGAGUGUACAAAACAUUAGGAACACCUUCCUAAUAUUGAGUUGCACCCCCCUUUUCACUCAGAACAGCCUCAAUUCGUCGGGGCAUGGACUUUACAAGGUGUUGAAAGCGUUCCACAGGGAUGCUGGCCCAUGUUGACUCCAAUGCUUCCCACAGUUGUCAAGUUGGCUGGAUGUCCUUUGGGUGGUGGACCAUUCUUGACACACACAGGAAACUGUUGAGCGUGAAAAACCCAGCAACGUUAGUUCUUGACACACUCAAACCGGUGCUACCAUACCCCAUUCAAAGGCACUUAAAUAUUUUGUCUUUCCCAUUCACUCUCUGAAUGACACACAUAUACAAUCCAUGUCUCAAUUGUCUCAAGGCUUAAAAAUCUUUAUUUAACCGGUCUCCUCCCCUUCAUCUACACUGACUGAAGUGGAUUUAACAGGUGACAUCAAUAAGGGAUCAGAGCUUUCACCUAGAUUCACUUGUUCAGUCUAUUUCAUGGAAAGAGCAGGUGUUCCUAAUGUUUUGUACACAGUCAGUGCUGCUGUCUUAGUCAGUCACACAUUGUCUCAACAUGGAUGACUUCAAUGUCACAUGCUCACUCAGCUUAAUUUCCUCUUGUCCCCCCCCCCCCCCCCCCCCACACACACUUAUACACACUCACCCUGUCUUUCCAUCCUAUGCACCUCUUCUCUUCCAUACAUUCCCCCCCCCCCCCCCCACAUCCCACAUACACACUCAUCCCUUCCCCUCUCCCCCUCCUAUCCACUCUUCCUCUCCCAUGCCUGGAUGCCUCGCUCCUCCACCCCUCAGCGGUUGUUUCCGGAGAAGUUGUCGUCCUGCCAGUGGCUGCCUGCUGUGUCCGAGGCGGUGGUCAGGAGGCCGUGUGUGCGCCUCCCUCUGGUCACUAUCACCACUGCGGUCAUCAUCAUCCUAGCAGUCUUCAACCUGGUAAAUUAGUACGGCGACUCACUAACUCACAGCUCACUGAUUUAAACAGAACAUAAUGCCAUCACAUGUACAUGCAAUUACAUCAACUUUUUAUAGCAACAAGAGCAUUAGCUUCUUAUUGUAACAAGUACAUCAAGUCAUAAACAGACAUGCCAAUAACACAUGCUUUACAGCCUUUGUGUUCUCAGAGUCAGACCCACUUAGUGGUUGACUGUCAAUCAAAUCUGCUUGUUCCCUCUAGUGCUUCAUCCAGACGAAGUCACCGUGUGAUAUCAAUGGUAACCCUGAUCUGAUUCGGUGGAACAACUCCAGUGAGCAGCAUCUAGACAGCCUGUUCUACCUGCCGGUGAGAGAUGCCUACAAUAUCCCUCACUAACAGGUUUUCUGUAGCUCCGUUAAUAGAGCAUGGCGCACUUGCAACGCCAGGAUAGUGGGUUUGAUUCCCGGGACUACCCAUACAUAAACAUGUAUGCACACAUUACUGUAAGUCGCUUUGGAUAAAAGCGUCUGCUAAAUGGCAUAUUAAUAGAACAGUUAUGAAAUGAUACUUUCCAUUUCAGUGUUUUUAUUGUUGUUUGCAAAUAUAAAUUACAAAUAAUAAACAAUGAAAUGAAGAACUGGCACUUUCCAUUGAUGAAGGUUUUCCUCGUCUCCUCACUCAUUCUCUCUCUCUCCAUCUCUCUGUUUGUCUCUCAGUACUCUGUGUUCAGCUGUAUCCUGGCUCUCAUAGCUUGUGGAGUGUUCCUGAGGGUGAGCUUUGAGCUCAAAGUGGUCUUCCUCACCCUGGCCUCCACAGCCUACUACAUCAUCAUCCUCAGCUCCAAGGCUGAUCUCUUCAGCUGCUAUGAACGCAUGCUUUACAACCAACUCAAUAAAAACAGGUACUAUAGCAGGUCUUGUGUACCAGGGCAGGGGUUGAUUCAGUCAAUUCAGGAAGUGAUUCAGGAAGAAAUGAAACAUUUAUAUAUUAUUAAGUCAUUUCUGAAAAUUGGCCAUUUGUUUUCUAUGAAGAUUGUUUCAAUUCAAUAAUUUAAUUUCAAUCCACUUCCUGAAUUGAAUACUGAAUUGACCCCAACCCUGUUCUGUACUGUGCAUCAAAUACCUGGUACUAUAUCCUGCCUGGUUUAUACUGAGCUUUUCUUUAGAUGACCUCUAACCCCUGAGCUCUGUGUUCUAGCACUGAGGACUCUGGGACCAUUCUGAGGGCAUUGGGGCUGGUCAAACACCCCGAGGUGAUGAGCUGCAUAUACAUCACCUUGUUCCUGGUCACCAUGCUCAUCAUCUCACAACAGGUCAGGACAUGUUCCCUCCUUUUCUUUGUUCUGCUCUCCUCUCUUCCCCUGCCCCUCUUCCCCCUCUCUUCCCCCGCCCCGCUCUUCCCCCGCCCCGCUCUUCCCCCGCCCCGCUCUUCCCCCGCCCCGCUCUUCCCUCCGCCCCGCUCUUUCCCCCGCCCCUCUCUUCCCCCGCUCCGCUCUUCCCCCGCCCCUCUCUUCCCCCGCCUCUCACUUCCCCUGCCCCUCUCUUCCCCUGCCCCUUUCUUUUUACUACUAAUUGACCACAUCACUUCUGUCCCGUAGAAUGAGUCAUGCUUCCGCCAGGACUUCCUUCUGAAGAACAAGAACCGUACGGAGCAGGAUGAGAUCGAGACCAGGGAGAACCUGAACCGCCUGCUCCUGGAGAACGUACUGCCGGCCCAUGUGGCCGCGCUGUUUGUCGGGGAGAAUAAAAAGAACGAGGUGGGAUUCCUCACAAACACUUUACUUACUGAGAAGUACAAGGUAGGGGUCCAGGAUGGAUGACUGGUAGUGUACUGAGCCCAACUCAUCCUCCCCUCCUCCUCCUCCUAUCUGCACUGGGGUCCCAUCUCCACUGGCCUGCACUCACUAAAGCUUCAUAAGGAAACACUUAGUAGUGGAAUUGAUUGAUUGGAUUUACCCGUAAAUGGUUUGUUACGAUUUCCAGUAGGAAUGUGGUUAGUGGUUAAGGGAUGGAACCCCAAGGGUAAGGACGGUCCCACUUCUAUGGAUCAUUGUACAGUAUAUCAGUGCCUGCCUGACCCCACCUACCAACCCACAGCUCCAUGAAUCAGCCCCUUCAUAGGAAUUGUGAUUUGUGAUGUCGUCUUUGUCAGCAUGGUAGAGACAGAGCCACUGCAUUCUUACAGCAAAGUCCUCAACUCCUACUGCCCCUACUCUCAGCCACUAUCAAAUAGUCCACAUCAAUGUCCUCAACUCCUACUGCCCCUACUCUCAGCCACUCUCAAAUAGUCCACAUCAACGUCCUCAACUCCUACUGCCCCUACUCUCAAAUAGUCCACAUCAACGUCCUCAACUCCUACUGCCCCUACUCUCAGCCACUCUCAAAUAGUCCACAUCAACGUCCUCAACUCCUACUGCCCCUACUCUCAGCCACUCUCAAAUAGUCCACAUCAACGUCCUCAACUCCUACUGCCCCUACUCUCAGCCACUAUCAAAUAGUCCACAUCAACGUCCUCAACUCCUACUACCCCUACUCUCAGCCACUAUCAAAUAGUCCACAUCAACGUCCUCAACUCCUACUCUCAGCCACUAUCAAAUAGUCCACAUCAACGUCCUCAACUCCUACUGCCCCUACUCAGCCACUAUCAAAUAGUCCACAUCAACGUCCUCAACUCCUACUGCCCCUACUCUCAGCCACUAUCAAAUAGUCCACAUCAACGUCCUCAACUCCUACUGCCCCUACUCUCAGCCACUAUCAAAUAGUCCACAUCAACGUCCUCAACUCCUACUGCCCCUACUCUCAGCCACUAUCAAAUAGUCCACAUCAACGUCCUCAACUCCUACUGCCCCUACUCUCAGCCACUAUCAAAUAGUCCACAUCAACGUCCUCAACUCCUACUCUCAGCCACUAUCAAAUAGUCCACAUCAACGUCCUCAACUCCUACUGCCCCUACUCUCAGCCACUAUCAAAUAGUCCACAUGAUACAGACAUAAACACACUAGCCAAACCACUGAUAAGCAGAGUCACUUAAUCAAAACGGUGUAAUUAAAGUUAAAAGAAAUUCACAAUAUUUAUUCAAAACAAAAAGAUAUUACAGAGGAUUGUCCAUCUUGUCUUACUUCAUAAGAUAUGAUAAACUUACAGAAAUUCAGAGCUUGGCCUACUUUUACCUCUACCGCUGAAGGCCAUGGACAUCCCCUCCACUAUGAUGUCUCCCUCACUCCGGCCCUCCACAGCCCAGUCACAGGGUUAUGACCAGUGUUACCGCUAAAUCACCAUGGAAAUAAUUCAGCCUUUUAAUAAAUCUGGUUUAAUUAUUUACUCUUGACAUGUUUUUCUGGGAGCACAACACAACAGAACAGCUAUUAGUGUUUGACAUGUAGGUUACAACCUGAGAAGUACUGUACUGAAGCCACUUCAGUUGUUAAAGAUGAGUACUCAUCAGCUUAGCUUGAACACUGCAUCUACCUGAACGGUAAUCCCAAUGGAUGGCACAGUGUCAAGUGUCAAAUCAAACAACACAACAAAAAUAUGCUUUGAGGUUUACCUCAGAGAUUUGACAUCUAGGAGCAGAAGGAUGGGACUUCGACAGCCUCCCACUCUCCCAGAUAAUGGGUUUUAGAGGCCCUGUUUAACAUUGGCUCCCCUUGUACAGUCUAAUCACUGGUCAUUUCCUUGCCAGACGUAAACACAGUGAAAACAGUUAGGAACAUCUGGCACUGGAGGAGCUGUUGUGGUGUCUGUCCCUCUCAUCAUUCUGAAUUGUCUUUCUCUCAAAGAUGUGGCUCUGUGCUCUGUCUUUUUAAUAUUUGUUGUGUGAACCUGAAACUUCCCUCUAUCUCUGUUGUGAAGUGUAUGUCUAUGUUCUUCUGCUUAGUGUUACUACAUGGCAUUGCCUCUAAGUUGUACCCCUCCUUCCUCAGGAUCUGUACUACAAGUCAUAUGACUGUGUGUGCGUGAUGUUCGCCUCGGUACCGGACUUCAAAGAGUUCUACACGGAGUGUGACAUCAACAAGGAAGGUCUGGAGUGUCUGAGGCUCCUCAACGAGAUCAUAGCAGACUUCGAUGAGGUCAGAGAACCGCUGGCAGCCAUCAACAAUCUAAAAUUACACAUGUCCCAGUCAUACAAAUAAGAAAACUAACCCUGGCUCACACAUCCACUUGUUUUCCCACACACAGCUGCUGUCCAAACCCAAGUUCAGUGGAGUUGAGAAGAUCAAGACCAUCGGAAGCACUUAUAUGGCGGCCGCAGGGCUGAGUGGCACCCCAGGACAGGAAAAUAACCAGGUAGCUACUAACUAUUUGACCCAGGUCAUGUGGAAGGGGAGGGGUUACACAGCAUGCAACUGUGCAUACCUUUUGAUUUUCUAUACUAUAGAACUUUACCAUAAAACCUGGUUAACGACACAGUAUAGAUAAAGUACUUGAAAUAACUGUCAUUAUGUAACUAGUAGUAGUAUCCUGUGUGUGGACUUUAUGAUGAACCUGUGUUGUUUCAGGAUCGAGAUAGGCAGCAGGCACAGAUAGGGAACAUGGUAGAGUUUGCCAUUGCCCUCAUUGGCAAGCUGGACGGCAUCAACAGACACUCCUUCAACAGUUUUAGGCUGCGUGUGGGUGAGUAAAGCUUGGGCACUGGCCUGGGCAUAUAUUAACUAUAUUAAUUAACUAGUACCAUAUACAUUAACUACACAUUACGUCUGCAAUGCAUCCGGUUCCUAUCCAUCUUUAUUAGGGUUUCAUUGGUUGUUAUUCUAGUGCUAAGAGUUUUUCCUGAACAGCUGCGCCUGUUGGGAGCCCUAGUUAUAGAAGAAAACACUCCUGGCCCUACGAUACCAUAUCUAUCUAAUCACGUAGGAGGACAUUCUUUCCAACUGUCCACAAUAGCUAACAUUGACUCUCCAUGAUACCGCUGGUCUCCCUGUGUACUGUUGUGACAUAGUUCUCAGACAGCUUAUUCUGAGCAGAUCCCCCAGGCUUUAGGAAAACAUUUAUAAUGCUCGAGAGAUAAAAGCACACAUUACGGUUUUAAUACAUAAACACAGAAAGCUGGCAUGAAAUACCAGAUUUUUUUUUUAAAGGACUGGUGCAUCAAAGGAUCUGUGUCCCCCCCAAAAAUCUAAAUAACAAAUGAAGUCCACAUAAUUCUCCCUGGAAGACAUAUUUUGUUAAAAUGCAGAGUCCAACAUGAACAACUGGCAGAUGGUCUGGCUGAACAACUGGCAGCGGUGGCAGGUAGCCUAGCGGUUAAGAGUGUUGGGCCAGUAAACGAAAGGUUGCUGGUUCUUAUCCCCGAGUUGACUAAGUGAUACAUUUGUCGAUGUGCCCUUGAGCUACACUAAUUGCACCUGUAAGUUGCUCUGGAUAAGAGCAUCUGUUAAAUGACUAAAAUGGAAAGCCAUUUUACAGCUUUGACUCCCUGUGGUUGACUUGGUCAGACAAGCUGAUGGUACUUGUUAGACCCUGUUACUGUAUAUCACUGAAUUGAGCAUGUCAAUAAUUUUUCCAGUUUUCUGUGUCGUCAUGCUCUCCUCAGGCAUAAAUCGGUCAGUCUAGCUGAUAGUCAUUGUCUUGGACAUCACAUUCUAGUGGCUUGUUAGACUGGUGGGCUACUCUACAGUAUGCGACUGGUUUAGCCCCAGCAGGCAUCUCGUUAUGUGUGCCCUGUGUCACUGUGUGCCUGCUUUUCACAGGCAUUAACCAUGGGCCUGUAAUUGCUGGGGUGAUUGGAGCCAGAAAACCUCAGUAUGACAUCUGGGGCAACACUGUCAACGUGGCCAGUAGGAUGGAGAGCACUGGAGAACUUGCCAAGAUUCAGGUUCAGUACAACAACCUAGUCUUGUCAGCCAUACUCCAGUAUUGUCCUAGCUAGUCUGGCUGGAGAGAUGAACUAUAACCACACAAAAACCAUGGCUGCAGCAUAGUCAUGUUUGUCUAUGUUUCUGCUCCAGGUCACAGAGGAGACGUCGGACGUGCUCCAGAAGCUGGGCUACUCCUGUGAGUGCCGAGGCCUCAUCAACGUCAAGGGAAAAGGCGAGCUGACGACUUUCUUUGUGUGCACGGACAUGAGCAAGCAGCAGGGAAUGGGCCUGAGCUGAGGUCUAAGGUGAGCACACUACUGUGUGGACUCUGGGCCUGGAGGCUCAUACGUGUGCUGGGUCGGUCGCAGGACAUCACAGGACACAGUCUAGCAUUCAGCACAGACUAAUUAAACAAAUGCACAUAAGUUAACAUUCUUAGAGUAAACCUACCAGAGCACACAACUAUAAUCCAUCUCAGUGCUUCAGUCAGCGAUGAUCCUGACCGGACCAGAACAAGACAUGAGAACAUGACCUUGUGGUCCUAGAGGUUAUAUUUAGGAUUGUUCGUGUUUCCAGGAAUCCCUUUGGGAUUUUUGGAGAUCCAGUUCAAAUGUGUGCAUUCAAUUGGACUGACAUGGAGGUUACGUAAAGCACUGGUCGUCAUCAUACUGGAUUCUAUCACCUGAUAUUCGUAGAACCUUGCUGGAAUCAUGAGAUGCACAAAAAACAUCUUCAGUCCGCUCUUAAAACUGAGCUGUUUAUCAAGCAAAUGGUGACAAAAACAAUGGAGUGAGUGCUGCUGCAUGUUGAGUGACAGUGUACAUACUCUCCUCAUGGUUUUCUAGACCUUAAAAGGUAGACUAAGCGAAAUGACGUUGUCACGAGCUGCACCGCAGAUAUUGCGAUGAGUG